AUGAUGACUUUGGAGACCGGCGCCAAGAGCUCCAGUAUGGCCGAGGCUAUGAGUCGGUUCUUUCAAGAACUGGACCCGCUCCGAGACCUACUUUGCUCCGUCCUGGAGGGAUGGCGGCCACCGCGCAUCGUGGUGGUGGGCGACGAGUCUGCGGGGAAGUCCACCAUCCUGGAGCAACUGGCGAAUGUGCCCAUCUUUCCAAGGAAGCGGCGCUUCUGCACUCGCAUGGCCAUUUGCUUGCGCCUUCGUCGCACACCUGGUCUGAGCAAGGCAACGCUCUUCAUUUCUUCCGACAUGGAUGGAGUGAACCCAUCAGAGGGAGGUGUGAUGGAGAUUCCGCAGGAGAAUGGGUGGAGAUUUGUGCAAGACCAGAUGGAGAAACUGGCUCGCGGCCUUCAUCAUGGUAUUGUGGAGAACAAGUUCUUGGUGGUGACCACAAUCCACAUGUGCGAUUGA